GUCGCCUCCAUGUAAGCAAAACAACAGCGUAUUCCUAAGCUUUGCAUUACAGCCAGAAACACACCUUCGUCGAGAAAAAAACAACAUAUACAACAACAAAAGCACUUGUUUUUGGGGACGAAACCCUUCAGGUGAUGGUGUGACGUGGAGCCAAGAGAGAGAGAGAGAACUGAUGCAACACAAGAAUCAAGAUGAUGGACGGGAUGCUGUCAUUGUCGUGGAAGAACCACAGUUCAACUUUUUGUCAUACGAUAGCAGCGUUAAGAGACAAACAAAGAUACACAGACGCCACAGUAGCUUGUGAUGGAAAAUUUUACCCAGUGCACAAAUUUGUGUUAUCAACAUGUAGUGAAUACUUUGAGGAAAUGUUUGAACAUACACCAUGUAAACACCCAGUCAUAGUAUUGAGAGAUGUGCAGUGUGAUGAACUGGAAGCUAUUUUGAAUUACAUGUAUGCUGGUGUGGUGAGUGUGGCACAAUCUGAUCUGUCGCGGCUGAUUAAAGUGGCGGAGCUAUUAAAGAUUAAAGGCUUAGCAGUGCCAGAUGAGCCCGCAGAAACAAGGACAAGUGAGGACCGAACUAUCUCCAGAAAUAAGAGAACUAGUCCCCCUGGUAGGAGCAAAACCCUUCCAGUAACCACAGACCAAGUGAAUAGUCCCAGUGCAAAGAGAAGGAAGACUCAGGAAUCUUUAACGCCGUUGUCAACCUCCAGAGGGAGUGAUGCUGAGUGGUUAAAGGACUGCUCAAGGGGAGAACAGAAUCUAGAUCAAUCGUGCAUAGCGGAUGAAGAGGGAAUGGACGAUAGUUCUCCCCUUCAGGAGGCUUUGCUCCCAGAGACACAAGAGCUUCACAUCAAAGAUGAAAUCAUUGAAAUCACAAGCUGCAGCGACUCAAAUCAAGACGACACAGGGCUGGACUUCGGGACUGUUACAGAGGAUAGUAAAGAACCAGAAACACUUGACGAUAACUGCCAGGACGAAGUGAGCAUGCUGAUUCCUAAGUAUGAAAGCUCAGGAUUGGACUCCCAAGGUGCCGGACCUCUGAUCACCCAGCCCAUGUUCUCUGACGGAUUGGGCGGCACAAUGUCAGGUUCUUCUGAAAUUCAAGCGUGGUUUCCGGACCAAGAGGCAGCAAGUAGUGUAGUGAUGGACGGUGACAAUGCAAAUACGGGUGACACAAACCUUCAGGUAGCAAAAAUGGCAGACAGUUUAGCGGACAUAGAAGAGAUUAACCUAAUUGAAGAAAUCAUCGAAAAUAUAGCGGCGCUGCAACCUCCCCGGGUGGCCUUAACGGAAAGAAAUAACGUGUUCUUGAGUCUCAAUGAUGAAGAGUUCCUCGCCAGGUUCAGGUUAUCGAAGGACAGUGUCAAGUUCAUAUUGAACGAGAUACACUUCCCUGAGUUCCACGACGGCAGAGGUGCUGCCGUUCCUUCGCACAUACGGCUUCUUAUAACCUUGAGAUGGAUGACCACCGGCGGACUGCAGCUGGCCAUUGCAGACGACUUCGAAGUGUCUCAGCAGUUUCUCAGCACUUGCGUCAAAGAAACGCUGCAGUCCAUAGCGAGCAAUUUCCACCGCUACGUGCAGUUCCCCGACAGCCAGGCCAUCCAAGCCGUCAGCCAGCAGUUCCAGGACAUCGCUGGGUUCCCGGGCGUGCUCGGGGCCAUCGACUGCACGCACAUCCCCAUCGAGAGUCCGGGCGGGGAGCGCGCCGAGGAGUUCAUCUGCAAGAAGGGGUUCUUCUCGCUCAACGUCCAGGGCGUGUGCGGUCCCAACCUGGAGUUCUACAACAUCGUGUGUCGCUGGCCGGGCUCCGUCCACAACAGCAGGAUCUUCGCCAACAGCGACCUGUGCCGGAAGCUGGAGCAGGGCCAGUACGUGGGGCACUUGCUCGGGGACUCGGCGUACCCGCUGCGGCCGUACCUCAUGACCCCCGUGGCCAACCCCACGCGGGAGGCGGAGCUCAAGUACAACACCGCCCACGCCAAGACGAGUAACAUAGAGAUGGCGUUCAGCUUGUGGAAGAGGAGGUUCCGGGUGCUGUCGUCGCAGCUGCGGUCGAAGCUGAACACCUCCAUGAUGGCGAUCUGCAGCGCCGCCGUUCUGCACAACAUUGCGAUCAAACACAAGGACACGAUUCCCGAGGGCGAGGAUGUGGAUUGCGAGGUGGAUAUCCGCAAAGACUAUAGCGAGAGGGAAGGGAUCUGCAACUUGAGCACGACGGAAGGGCUGAGGAAAAGAGCAUCCAUCAUAAACACGGUGUAUUCAUAAGAAAUAUACUGUGUAGGAACACAUGCAUUUGUGUGGGGGUGAGAGAGAUUAUAGCGUGUGUUUGGUAGAGCAUUUAGUGGUGUUGUGUGUUGUGUGUGUGUGUGUGUGUGUGUGUGUGUGUGUGUGUGUGUGUGUGUGUGUGUGAGAGAGAGAGAGAGAGAGAAGAGGUGUGUGAAGGUCUCAGGGUGCCAUCGCACAAGGCAACUGGUUGCGGCAAUCGAUUAAUGCAACCUAGAUAAGAUUUAUAGAAAGAGGGCUUUCAUACGUGGCAACUGCAGGUAUCCCCUCGCACAGCCAGUUGCCGCAACUUGCUGGCGCCGCCACUCCAGUUACAACAUAUUAAAAUCCGAGCUUUCCCCCGGCGCCGCCAGUUGCCGCCACUGUCCAUCGCCGGUCGCUGUUACCCAGGGUUCCGCGAAGAACCUCAAGUUCCUCAGUAGAUGCUAUUUUAUCGACCGGCAAGAUGGAGUUGCAUUUAUAUUAAGUGUACAGUUGCCCGUAACGGCUACCGGGUGUCGGAACGAGUUGCCUGGUGGGAGGGCGUCGUGGAGUGUGUGUGUGUGUGUGUGUGUGUGUGUGUGUGUGUGUGUGUCUGUAGUUAACAGCGUUGUAUCGUAAGGUUUUUUAUAAGGUUUGCUAUAAGUUGUAUAAGUAUAAUCGUUCACUAGCAUCUCAAUUACUUCAGGGAUUAAAUAAAAACCGGAAUUCAG